AUGCCUCACAAUGAAAGCAUAAUGUUCUCACCACCUCCACCAAUGAGAGACUCACUCUUAACUGGUGGUCUGAGUUUAAUAACCGAUCAUCAUGGAUCAUCACUCCUUGGUGAUAAUAGUCGCAUGAUGGACCAAUCCGAAAUGACAUCAGAAUUAAUUAUUGGCAAUGAUUUUGAAAAUAACAAGAAGUUAACCUUCCUCCACUUACACGACACGGCACAAAACAAAUUGGAAGAUGAAGAAAGUGAAGGCUCCGUGAUGAAAAGCCAACUCAAAAAGCUCUUGUUUUUGUACCAAGAAUUGUGUACUAAAAAGAUGAGCAUGGAAAGAUUAGAACAUUUGGAUGAGAGUGGAAAUGUGGUGGAUCGUUUUAAGGGAUCGAUGAAUUUUGAUGAGAGCCACAUUCAACAGGAAAAGAAGGAAUACAAGCAAAAGAAGAAGGAAACCAACAUGUUAUCGGAAGAGUUGGAAACCAAGACUAAGAUUUUACAUGAAAAGUUUGCUCAUCUCAAGAGUUUGAAACAAAGAUAUGAGGAAAUGUUUGAAAAGUUGGAGAAUCCAGACCUUUUAGAAGAUAGCACAUCACUAAUUGAUAUUAUGACAGAUAAUACACCUGCAGUUGAAGAACAACAAAUAGUAGAUAACCAUUCUCAAGAUGCUGAUAGUCAAGACAAUCAAGGAGGUAUGACUGUCGUCGAUGAAGAAGAUGAAAUUGGGAAAGAGCCAAAAACACUUGAUGAAUAUCUGGGAGAUACCAGAAAACGUCUCUCAUUCUCUGAUGUUGGAGCAGAAGAAGAUAUUGAAGAAGAAGAGGACGAGGACGAAGAAGAAAGAAUUAUUCCAGUUCAACCUCCAAAGCCAAUUGAAAACUUGACCAUCCUGUCUGCUGUGAAUGAAUUCAAAUUCCUCAAAUGGUGUAACAAUAUUGAAAUUAUAGACUGUAGAGAAUUCCAUUCGAAACAAGUAGUAGAAGUUGAAUUGAAGAUACCUCUUUCAGCAGAUCAAGUUACCAAACUGGAUGUAGUCCUCUCAUUCAACAAACAUUACAAAGAACCUGCUUUAAUUUCAGUAACAUGUGCUCAACCAAUUUCAUCGCAGAGAAUUGACUUUUCUGACAUUAUUCAGCGAGCCAUUUACCUUAACGACGUACCUUAUUUAUUCUCUGCAAUCUCUAGUAGAGUUCGCAGCUCGAAGAAAUAA